AUGGAAUCUGUUCAGGCAACGCAUGAGUAUCCUAAACGGCUUGGAUGGAUUGGACUUGGAGCCAUGGGAUUUCCAAUGGCAUUGCGGAUUGCGCAAUGCGUGGAAGAGGAGGGAUUUACACUGUCGAUAUACGAUAUCGAUACAAAUGCGAUGGAUAGGUUCGUUGAGUCGGUGGACAAUGCGCGUCGCGGUGAACAUGCCGGUCCUGGUGUGGAAAUCCGACACAUGGGAUGUGCGAGGGAGGUGGCUGAGAAUUCGGAUUGUAUUAUAACCAUCGUACCGGAAGGAGCGCAUGUAAAAGCAGUGUUCCUCACUCCGGACACGGGUCUGCUCGCAGCGAUCGACAUCUCCGGAAAGAUAUUCAUCGACUGCUCAACAAUUGAUAUCGCAACCUCCCAACUCAUAAACGAAUCCAUAUCUGCUGUUUACACCUCUAACCUGCAAUCGAAAGAACAGGUAUCACCACCCCAGCCACCACACUUCUUUGAUGCCCCGGUAUCAGGAGGCACCGCGCGCGCCCUGUCUGGUACAUUGACAAUCAUGCUGGGCGCGUCAUCCUCGUCCCCACUCCUCCCAAUCAUAACGAAGCUUCUCGCCCCGCUAACCUCUCAUCCGGGGUCUCUUCAGGCUCUAGGUGGACCCACUCUUGGGUUAGCAGCGAAGCUCAGUAACAAUUAUCUGAGCGGUUUGAUUGCACUGGCGACGAGCGAGGCUAUGAAUUUGGGCAUGCGGAUGGGAGUAGACCCUGUUGUGCUUCAACGAUGCUUCAAAGGAAGCAGUGGUGCGAGCUGGGUGAAUGAGGCCGUCAAUCCUGUUCCUGGAGUGUGUCCGGACGCAGUCACCAGCAAAGGGUAUGAAGGAGGAUUCAAGAUUCAGCUCAUGAAGAAAGAUAUGGGGCUUGCUGUGGCUGCUGCAAAGCAGGUGGGCGCUAACCUCGUAUUGGCGGACGCUGGACUUGCAGCGUAUUCGGCAGCAGCUGACGACCCUCGAUGUCGCGAUCGUGACUCGAGGAACUACCCUUCCGUCAGGGUGACCCUGAAGGCCAUUCCUUCCACAGGUGCCAUUUGGGGAUUCUACGAGCACCUCUCAAAUUCUGAAACCAAAGACGAACUCGGCUCUCUGAACCUCCUCACGCCAUCUCGGAUUCUUCGCGCAUCCCAGAACGAAAUCAAGUUAGGACGAGUAUGUAGCUUGAAUUGGGAGGUUCAUAAACCUCACCCGGCCGGGUACGCAAGAAAGGGUUUGGACCACCGCGUCUUUCGAAUGACGGCUGUGGGUGCAACGACGGUGGUUGACGACGAGGUCAGCAUGAACACUCAAUGCGGCUCGCAGUGGGAUGGGCUCAAACAUUGGAGCUACUACAAAACGCGCCAAUUCUAUAAUGGACUCCCUGCUGAGGAGGUAUUGGACGAGAAUGGUAAUGGUACAGCAAAUGCGUUCGACAAGCCGAUGAGAAAUGGAAUUCAUGCUUUCCAAGGCAAAAUUGUUGGCCGUGGUGUUCUCCUUGACUAUUACUCUUUUGCCAUUGAAAAGGGGAUCUCUUUCGCCCCUUACAAACAUAACUUUGUUACGGCAGAUGAUUUAGAUGAGUGUGCAAAGGCUCAAAAUGUGACAUUCGAGCAAGGGGACAUCCUCUUCAUCCGAAUGGGAUUUGUACACUGGUACGAAAAUGCCACUGAUGAAGAGAGGAAGGUUGCGUUGAAGCCGCCCACCAACGCAAUAGGGGUAAAACAAGGUCUGAAGGAAGUCGAAUGGCUUUGGGACCACCAUUUUGCUGCUGUAGCCUCGGAUACACCUGCUUUUGAAGCAAGGCCUAAUAAACUGGAAUGGAAUCUCCAUGACUACUUGAUAGCGCUCUGGGGUACACCCAUGGGAGAACUAUUUGACUUGGAAGAGCUGAGCAAUACAUGCAAAGAACUCGGUCGUUACUCCUUCUUUGUCACAUCGAGUCCUCUCAACGUUGUCAACGGAAUUGCAAGUCCUCCAAAGUACGGCAUGUUUUCUUCUUGCCUUGGAAUACAGAGAAACUUACUUCGAAACAGUGCAUUGGCGAUUUUCUAA